AGCUGUAACGAAUUUGCACACAGUAUAGGAUGCUUUCCGAUGCCGACAUAGCUUAAAGUAGUUUUAUUAUCGUACCAUAAUUUUACAUACAAAUAAUUAAGAAAAAAGUUCAAUAACAGAGGAAGUGCUAGUAGUUUUUAAAUUUUGAGCAAUUGAAUUAUUGCAAAUAUACUUCGCUGCAAUAUUGCUGCAAAUUCAAUAACAAUAUUAUUUAUAACAAUAUUAUUUAUUAUUUAUUUGCAAAGUUUUUUGCAUUUUAUCUUUUAUUUUAUCCACAUCUUCUAUUUGGAUUUCAAAAAUCACGAACGCAAUGGCGCAGGUCACGCCAGAUAUUAAAAAAUCUUUGGUUAAUGAUACAAUAUUCAAUAAAAUAAAUAAAUAUUUUAUAAGUAUGGAUUCCGAUAACGUGAAGAAUCACAAUCAGUUUUUAAAUCCAAUAUUUGAACAAUUAAUAAGUGCUAUGAAAAGAGAAAGUCCAUUAUGAAAAACAUAUCAAAGAAUAGUGUGGGCUGGAAGUUAUUAUAAAGGAACGCGAGUCGGACAACCGGAAGAGUAUGAUUUAAAUUUUGUGAUCAACUUGCCCUUUAAAGAAAAAGAUAUAGAGUUUCGUGGAGAUCGACCAGGUUACACUAAAAUACUUACAUCUUGGAAAAAUGGAAAUUUACGCGAUACUUUAAAUAUAGAUCCAAAGGCUUGUCGAGAAUUAAAUUCCUUCAUUGAUGAGGAAUCAUAUCUAAAUCAAGAAAAAUUUCGUACUUGGAUGGAGGGAAUUUUUAGUAAAGUGGCCUAUACUAGUAGUGGAAUUAAUCAAAUUAAACUCGAUGGCUAUCCACCAAUAAGGAUAAGAAAGUCGGGACCAGCAUUUACGCUAAUAUUCCAAAUAUCAAACAAUUUUGGUAAAACAAUCGAUAUCGAUGUAGUUCCAGUCUUAGCUUUUUUGGUUCGUACGCCACCACCAAGAUGUUCCAAAAUGGACAUUUUAAAAAAAUCUCCCAUUAGAUAUUGGUCUGUGGUACCCAAACCUUUGAACAAUACUAGAGGUGGUUUCAAAGACUCACUUCAUCGUUAUUGGCGAUUGUGUUUUUAUGAGUUUGAAAAAGAUCUUCUGGGUAAACACGAGUAUGGACGUAUGAAGCCUGUAAUACGCACAUUAAAGAAAUUUAGAGAUACUCGAAAAUGGAAGAACAUUGCAAGCUAUUACAUAGAAACGUUAUGUUAUAAUGAAUUAAACAUGUUUCAUAUUUCUGAAAAAGGAUCACUAACUUUUUUAUUCUUUACGAUGCUAGAAAAGCUUCGCGAUGCUUUUCAUCAUCACUGUAUAAGAUACUAUUGGGACGAUGAGCUUAAUUUGUUAGAGACUAUCGGAGCUGCAGAAAUAAGAAAUAUGGAAGGAAGACUGAAUUACAUUCUACAAAAAAUCAAAACGAAUAUCGGGAACAAUCCAUACGCAAUAGCUGAAUGGAUUUUGAACGAAAACGAAUUCAUUAUAUUAACAACAAGAGAAUUAGCGCCGGAAGAACCUAAAGAAGAACCUGAACUUAAUGAAGCAGCAAAUCAAUGGAAUUGCGUGAUUGUCUGACCAAUUGAGAAAAAAA